AAAUUGCACAUCACUGAAAUAAGGCUGCCGUUGCCGUCAUCUGUGGAGCUGCAGAACUUUAGAAAUAGCGUGAAGAUUAGCCACCAGCUCUCCACGGAAUCACUAGGAACAUAAGUGAAAAUGUUAGGACUACAACGGUUUGCCGGCAGUAUUGUCAUACAGCUGUAUCGACGCGCCCCAUACAGCAGCAACGCACGUGCGGCGAGCGCUGCACUUGCAACAGCGGCUACUAAUGGGCAAGGAGUGGGUCCAGGAACGUCUGAUGAGCCGGAGCCGCGUGCAGCCCCCGCGGAUGCAAGCGUCAGGAAGCCAAAGGUUACGGGGCACAUGGUUGCUGCGGCGUUUGAAUCGUUGAGAAAUGAAACCGAAUCCAGUGGGAAACCAACAACGAACAAGUCAAGCCCUGCCUCUGCCGCCAAUAACAUAGAUGAACGCAUUGUCAAUGCCCAAACUGUGAAUGGUCUAUUGUCUAUAACGGAGAACAACGUCGCAUUUUCCCGUAAACAUGCCCUAAAGAUUGUUUCCAUAUUGGCCGAAUGGAGCACCGUCAAUCGCGUAAAAAUAUCCGAGUUUGAGAAUGAUACGAGGUUCCUGCGCGUUUGUCGAAUGCUCGGCCGAACCGUGCCCAAGAAUGACGCCAACGGUAAAAAUAAUGGCAACACUGGAGGCACCACGAACAGCAACUCAUCAAAACGCAUUUCCGGCUUUCGCACGGACGACCUUAAUACAGUUCUUGGUGUGGCAGGUGACGAUGAGGCCGCCAAAUUAAUAGCCAGCAUAAGCCUGCCGCAAAUGGUUAAGGUCAUGAGUACCCUGGCGCAGCGCAAACGCCGUAGCACCCCUUUGCUGCGUUCAUUAGCGUUUAACAUUAGCAGUGCCUCGGAGCAGUUGGAUCUGAAGCAAGCUGCCGAUGUGCUGUAUGCCAUGUCCACGCUGAACUUUCAAGACUCUGUUCUCGGUGCAAAAGUUUGUGCAGAUGUGCAGGCAGCAUUGCCAAAGAAUUCUGAAAAAUCGGCCGUUGUGGGCUCUGUGCUGACCAGUCUGGGCAUAAUGCGCUACCGGGAUUUGGACAUAUUAGAAUCGUUGACGCAGUGGCUGCUGAAAAACAGUGAAAUCUGUCGACCUCAGGAUCUUAGUGCUUACUUCUUAACAGCGGCACAGCUUAACUUCAAGAGUGCACAUUUGGAGGAUGUGCGAAAAAAGCUGGCAAAAUCAAUUGUUCGCGAUGAUUUCACGAAGCAAUUGGAUUGGCUGAACUAUGUUUGGUCACUGACAAUGCUGGGGCUUGUGGAGCACAGUCAAUUAGAGUCGGUGCUGAGGGCGGACUUCCUAGCUAAAUUGGAGAGUGAAAAGGCCGGGUUAACGCCAACAUCCAAAAUGAGGCUGCUAAACCUUAACAGCUAUGCGCAACUGUGCGCCAGUGACUAUAAGGGCGCGUUGCUGCCUGCCGAUAGUCCUGCCUACAAUGUGCCUAUGGCGCACACAAAGUCUAAACAGAUUCUUGUCAACGGAAUGUUAGACGCGUUAAAGAGCCUGUUGCCUUCCAAUAAUCAUGUGCAGGGCUCGGUUGACAGCAAAAUGGGUUUCUUAAUUGAUGCUGUAUGCAAAUUCGAUGCAAAACGAAAUCCACUUCCCCUGGAUAAGAACAAUCCAGAUGCCAUUAGAAUCGCCAUAAUGGUAAUUGACUUUCAUGACAUAUGCCAUGGAACGCAUCGCAGUGCAAGUGGCACAACGAACCUAGCGUUCGAUCUGCUGGAAAAGAGUGGCUAUCAAAUCAUACCUGUGCCCUACAAUGAGUUUAGCACCAGUGACAAAUUACUGAAACGUGUUCAGUAUUUGGAGGCGAAGUUUAAGGCCAUUGUUAGUAGCAAAUAGUUUCAGUUAUAUCAAAAUUUGAAUUGUUUGAUUAUUGUAAUUUUAAAAUUAGGCGCUGAAUUAAAGUAAACUAUUCAAAUCUAAUAACAGCUGC